GCAUGUCUGGUUUAAAAUUCUGGUAGCUUUUGUCUCAUUUGCUUCAGUCAGUUAAAACUAAAUUCAGCUCUCACCUAGGCUAUUUAACUUGAUCCUAUCCUAUGCAGCCUAUGUGACUACACUAACUCACACUCAAUAUUUUUUUUAUUAUCUCAAAGUAAUGUCACUUUAUGCCUUUAGAUAAUUCAUGACAAUAUGGUGCACACAUUUUAUAUGACCACCAUUUGACUCUGUACUAUGCCCUUUUAAAUACUAUGAUACAUGACAUCAUCAUAUGACGGCCUCCCGUGUUCAUGUCCGUGCAGACAGUGUUGUCUAUCUUUCGUCGGGACUGCACCGUGUCAACGAGCCAGCAGGCCAGCGACUGUAACUGUCCUUAAACUAAUUAAGCGUAUCCCUGCUUCUCUGUCUCUCUCUGUCCCAUCGAAACUGAGGCUCCCAGUUCCAGGCAAGUGGAAUAUCUCUCUCUUCUGUUUUCUUUUCUUUUCCUUCUCUUUCCUGUCGUCCUUUCAACCUCUACCCCUUCCGUGCGCGUUUCCACAUCCCCCCGCUCCCGCGACAAUUCCCCGGUUGUAUUGGUGAGAGUCUUGAUGACGCGCGAGCCAUACCUGUGCUGCCUAGGUCUCCUACCGGCCGGGCACUCAGCCUUGGGGAAGGGUGAUGAGGAUGCGCUGCCAUGGCAACAAGACGUUUAGAUUCAGACCUUUGUGUAUUUAUUUAUUUAUUUAUUUCAUAUUACAGUCGCGUGUUUGCGCUCCUUCGCCGGCACUAGGGCGGCGGGUGGUUUUCUGAAGUAGCGUCUCGGAGCUGCCUGGACUAUUUCAUCUUUUGCCUGGAUAUUUUCGGAUUUCUGAGGAGAUCUAGGGGCGUAUUUUAUACCCACGAUCAACAAGUUGGGGUCGCUCGAGACAGUCUUGGGGUUAGGCUGUCGCUUCUUGGGGUUAGGCUGUCGCUUUAUUUCCGAAACUGAAAUAGAAGCAUCCUUCUUGUAUUCAGAUUCGGCGCAAUAGAAACAAUACAGCUAAAUCCUGUCGGCGGAGUAGUCAAAGCGGGUUUUUCAAGUAUGCCAAGGAAGAAGAGAGACGCGACUUUAAAAUAACAUCGCUCAGAGCAUGGACAUCGCGGGGAGAACAUAUUCAGCUAAGCUACCUGUCCAGGUUUCCUCCAGACGCUUUCAUUUCACCGUUGGAGCACCGUGACACUUUUAUUUAUUUAUUUAUUUACACCCGGUGAGCGAAACCCUGUUGCGUCUAUGCUCUUGACACGUCUAAGGGUUGUCAACCUGUACAAUAUUCUGUCAGGACGGUAUGGAUGUACAGCUUUCAGUUGGUAACAAUUUAUAUCUUCGGAUGGUCCACCACUGUCUUAUGUGUGUUUUUGUGAGCAUGUGUCAGUAUGAAUCAGUGUGCGUGUGAGUCAGAGCGCGUGUGUGUCAGUAAUGCUCUCUGUGUCGGGUGUAGACGACCCAUCUAUUCCGGUACGACCUGAGUGUCCUUGUCAUUCGUAGAUUAAUGUAUCAAUACUACUACGAAGUAUUCUGGAUAAAUUAAGUCCUUCAAAGCAUUCGAUGUGAAGAACAUAAGACAUUAAAGUCAGACUUAUCGAUCGAAGGAAGAUCAGUAGCUACGGCAACAAUAGUCACGGAUAGACGUGCGCCUUUAUGUGACAGACCGGGAAUCCAGUGCCAACAUGCCCGGCGUCACAGCGCUGAGAGCAGCAGAGAUGGGGAGAGGGUGGGCCUACAGCGGCGUCAGGAGCUCCAAGGACAAGGGAAAGGAUGAAUGAUGAUCGGCGAGGACAAAUGACUAAAGCGCGAAAGAGUAAAACACUUGCGUUGCGUUAUAUCUAAAAUGGAGGGAUUUGUCAACUGUUUUAAUUGGCAGCCUCCAAGGGCAUAGAGGUGAGAACCAUGGGCGCUAAGAGAGGGCGGAGGUGUGAGGAGCCGUGCGUGCGUUUUCUGCAACUGCGGAGAGGGGAGGAAACAGCUAUUUAUCCGUGAGGUCACGUCGGUGUUUUUUUCGAGCGCGCAUUUCCUGGUCCACUGAAGCAGACAAUGGGCUUCUUGUGAUAUUAACUCUUUUGUGGGCUUCUUGUUUCUGCUGUUGCCACGCUCUGUAGACAGUGUAACAGGUGAUAAUCAAACAACCGCGCGGUUGCGGGUGAGUGUGACCCCCUGCCCGUCAUGGACGGGGUGGGGGGUGGAGCGGGCACCCCUGGGACUGGCGGCACAGGUGGGGGCCCAGGCAGCACUGACUCCCGCCCCACCCGAAACGGUGACUCCAAGCGACGCAGCAAGAGCAGCCUGCCGUCGCCAGGUUACCGCCUGUCCCAGGCUUCGCUGGAGGGGGAGAGGGCGGAGCCUGUUCGCCGCCGCCUGUCAAUCAUGAGCUCCUCCCGUGACGGCCUCCCCUUCCGGCCGGCAACUGCGGCCGGGACCCCCACCACCCCGAUUCCUCUCCCUCCACCCUCAGGGCCGACCCCUUCUUCAGCCCCCGGCACGGUGCAGCGCUCGGUGGGCUUCACCGCCUCCCGCGCCGCCCUGGCCUCCACCUCCUCCACAGGCACGGGGGUGAUGGUGGUGACGGCGGGGCCGGAGACCACCACCACCACUGCCGCGGGCAGCCCCGAGGGUGGCCUGGGGCUGGAUGGGGAGGACUACAGCUACUCCAACCAGUCCACCUUCAUCCAGAGGCAGUUCGGGGCAAUGCUGCAACCCGGGGUCAAUAAGUUCUCCCUGCGCAUGUUCGGCAGCCACAAGGCAGUGGCCAUGGAGCAGGAGAGGCUCAAGUCGGCCGGGACCUGGAUCAUCCACCCCUACAGCGACUUCAGGUUCUACUGGGAUCUGCUGAUGCUUAUGCUGAUGGUGGGGAACCUUAUCGUCCUGCCGGUGGGGAUCACGUUCUUUAAGGACGAGAACACGCCGCCGUGGAUCAUCUUCAACGUGGUGUCUGACACCCUCUUCCUGGUGGACCUGGUUCUGAACUUCCGCACAGGCAUCGUGAAGGAGGACAGCACCGAGAUUCUGCUGGACCCGCGGGCCAUCCGCCAGCGUUACCUGAAGAGCUGGUUCCUGGUGGACUUUGUGUCCUCCAUCCCCGUGGAUUACAUCUUCCUGAUUAUGGACCUGGAGGCUGGGCUGGGGGGAACGGAGGUGUACCGCACCGCCCGCGCGCUGCGCAUCGUCCGCUUCACCAAGAUCCUCAGCCUGCUACGUCUGCUCAGGCUCUCACGGCUCAUACGCUACAUCCACCAGUGGGAGGAGAUCUUCCACAUGACGUACGACCUGGCGAGUGCCAUGGUGCGCAUCGUGAACCUGAUUGGCAUGAUGCUGCUGCUGUGCCACUGGGACGGCUGCCUCCAGUUCCUGGUGCCCAUGCUGCAGGACUUCCCCCUGGACUGCUGGGUCUCCAAAAACAACAUGGUGAAUGACACGUGGGGGGUGCAGUACACCUACGCCCUCUUUAAGGCCAUGAGCCACAUGUUGUGCAUCGGCUACGGGGCCCAGGCCCCCGAGGGCAUGACGGACGUGUGGCUGACCAUGCUGAGCAUGAUUGUGGGCGCCACCUGCUACGCCAUGUUCAUUGGCCACGCCACCGCACUCAUCCAGUCCCUCGACUCCUCACGUAGACAGUACCAGGAGAAGUAUAAGCAGGUGGAGCAGUACAUGUCCUUCCACAAGCUGCCUGCAGACAUGCGGCAGAAGAUUCACGAGUACUACGAGCACCGCUUCCAGGGGAAGAUGUUCGACGAGGAAAACAUCCUGGGGGAACUGAGUGAACCACUCAAGGAGGAAAUCGUCAGCUUCAACUGCCGCAGUCUGGUGGCCAACAUGCCCCUGUUUGCCAACGCGGACCCCAACUUUGUGACGGCCGUCCUGAUCAAGCUGUGCUUCGAGGUGUUCCAGCCGAACGACUUCAUCAUCAGGGAGGGCACCAUCGGCCGCAAGAUGUACUUCAUCCAGCACGGCCGCGUCGGCGUGCUCACCCGCGGAAACAGGGAGACCAAGCUCAGCGACGGAUCCUACUUUGGAGAGAUCUGUUUGCUGACACGUGGUCGUCGGACGGCGAGCGUGCGAGCUGACACGUACUGCCGGGUGUACUCUCUGAGUGUGGACAGCUUUAACGAAGUCCUGGAGGAACACCCCAUGAUGCGGCGAGCCUUCGAGACUGUGGCCGCUGACCGCCUCGACCGCAUCGGCAAGAAGAACUCCAUGCUGCUGCGUAAGGCGUCUCAGGGCGGCUCGAUGGCGGGCAGUCUGGGUCGUGGUGGUGGGGGCAGUCUGGGUCGUGGUGGCGGGGGCAGUCGCGGGGGUGGUGGCGCGGCUGGCAGCCUGGCAGGCCUGGGCUCGUGUGACAGCGUGCUGGUGCAGCAGAUCGUUAAGCACGACAGCAUGCCAGCCAUGCAGGACAUCACCGCUGCCGCUGCCGCUGCUGCUGCCGCUGCUGCUGCCGCUGCUGCUGCUGCGGGCACUCGACCAGUGUCCCCGCGCCCCCACCCGCUGAUCUGGGCCCCGCUGGUGCACGCCCCACUGCAGGCGGCGGCGGCAACCACCAACGUAGCCAUCGCCCUCAUGCACCAGCAGCAGCAGCAGCAGCAGCUUCAGGCUCUGGGGCAGGGAGCCCUCUUCUUGCCCUCCCCCUUGCCCCUCUCCCCCUCCCCUUCCGGAUGCCCCCUCUCGCCUCCGCGGCCCCCCCUUCUCCACCCGCGCCAGUCUGUCACCUCCCUCCUAGGCAUGACCACCCUGCCUCCCAGGGGAGUCCCCGUAUCCAUGACAACAGUGCCCUCCCCAUCCUCAAUGGGCCCCCCUACUGCUGGAGUGGGCGGAGCUCCAGGAGGAAGUGGCGUGGCUAAAACUACGCCUACUCCUCCAUCGUCGGGACCCGCCCCCUUACAAGCUGGGCGGGGUCUUCAUUACAGUCUCCGCCUCCAUGCAGAGUCCCCCUCAGCCAAUGGCACGGGAGUGGGCGGGGCCACGACUCCACCCUUCAACAAAUUCCCGGCCCCCUCUGCGGGUGGGACGGUUGCCACGGCGGUGGCGUCCCUGCCGCCCGACAUGCGCAGUCUCAUGUGCGGCCAGCAGGGGGCGAAGGAGGCGCUGCUGCGCCACAGCACCCAGGGGCUCCCCGCUCUCGGACGGCUGACCCAGGAGGCCCGUUUGCUCUCGGCCUCCCAGCCCUCGCUUCUGCACCGCGGCUGGGCCUGCCCCCCGCUCCACCGCAAGGCCUCCGGGGGAAACCUGCUGCCCGCACCCUUCCUCAUGCCGCAGGGGCAGCCGGCCAGGGGGGCUAGCGCAGGGGCGCUGAAUUAUAAUACCCCCUUUGCUGCCCAGAUCCUGCCCCUGGUAGCGCAGGUGCCCAUGCAGACACGAUCCCAGAUGCCUCCAUUGCCCCUGCAGGUUCAAUUGGCACAGACCCACUAUCCGGUACCUGCCCCCACCCCUGCACCUAUCCCUGCUCCUGGUCCAGUGUACUCCUCCCCAAAACAGACGCCCUUCUCCUCCUCCUCCUCCCCAUCUCCCGUCCCCAUCCCUCCUGCCUCAGCUUCGGUUCCGACUCCAGUACGCCCCAAACCUACCCCCACGCCUCCAUCCCGCUCUGCCUCACCCACCCCCUCCUCCACCCUACCUCCCAGCACUGGCACCACCCCGCUCGCCCCCCCUCACGCCCAACUGUCAAAUAUCAAGCCCAGCGCCCCCUCCCCCUCCCUGCCCUCCUGUUCCUCCCCCUCCUCUGUCCCCUCUCUCAUCCAAAGCUCCCGCUUCAGACUGUCCCCCACCCCACUCUCCUGCAUCAGCCCUCCUCCCACCUCUCCCCUGGCCCAAACCCCGAGCACCCCCAUCACCACCCGCCCCUCCACCCAGACCACCAGCACCUCCUCUCCUUCUCCCUCCCCCUCCACGCGCUCCUCCACGGCCCCCCAGUCUCCCCAGACCCCCAUCUUUACUCCUGUUGCCUCCCCGGCAGCUCCCAUUACCUCACAACCCUCCAGCGCCACUCCCACCCCUCCUCCCCUCACAGCUAUUCCCCCACCCCCCCACACCACCGCUGUCUCCAGCCUGACCCCCCCCUCAAGCCCCCUCCCCCGCCGUCUCUCCCAUCUCCGUUGCCCCGGCAACCACUCCCUCUACCCACAGCGCCACUGCCACUCCUGCCCCCCCAGCGCCCCCCAAGGCUGGCCAAAAGGAGCCUGAACUGCCCCUGGCCAGAGGGGACUCUGAGGCCCCCCAAACACAAACUGCCUCAUCACUUGUGAGGUGGGGAAGGACUGGAAGGGUCCAUUCAGCACCGGAUCUAGGGGGGUAAGUGCAGGGGGGUGACGUUAGUAGCAGAAUCCGAGCCUACAUGUGUAUUGUGAUUGUGUCAGGAGGUGCGGAGGGAGCUGAACCGGACAGACUGACGGAACAAGCUGGACCCGGUCUUGAGAGUUAAGGAGGCCGGAGCUAAAGUUAGGAGGGCCAGAGCAAGGGAAUACUCCCAGACAAAAGAGUUAGAUCACUGAAGAGAUCUCAGACAGAUCCAUGGCAGGUCUGAACCAGGUCUAGACCAGAGGUGCGUUCAAAAUACCAAAACAAAGGCAAACGUUUGGCAAUGUUUUGAAACAGUUUUUCGUUUGCUUCGAGUUCACUGCGAGCGUUGGCAAACACACACAAACAGUGUGAGGAGAGCAAACAUGGACGCUGGACGAAGGGUUACAGUUUAAAUCGAAACAAUUUGGAAUGUUUACACAAAAACCUUCAAAUUUAGAAGUUCAAAGAAAGCGUGUUUGCCUCUGUUCGCGGAAAUUGAACGCAACUCUGGUGCUUUCUAGGACCAGGGUGUGACUCAAGACCUGGAUGAGGAUAGCCUGUAUGAAGCACAAAGCGACUCAAGUGUUUAAGUACGUUAAAGGGAGAGGUGGAUUCGCCAUAACUAGGGGUGUAACAAAUACAAGGCGAUCACAAAUUAAACAGAAAAAAAAUACAAGUGGUGGUGUGGUAGUGGCAUUGUGAGUUUAGUUAUACUGCUGCCCCCUAGUGAUGGUAAAAGCUGACGUCAAAAGGGAUCCGGUUGGUCUCCAGCUCCGCCAUCCAGCAUCCUGUCCUCACAUUCACCAAAGUGUAACAUUUUUGUCAUAAGAAUAACAAUAAUGAUGAUGACUAAUAUUUUAAAAUAGUAAUAACUGUUAAAAAAAAACUAUCAAUAAUAAUUAUUGAUCAAAGUAAUUAGGAUCAGUUCACUUGUAGUUUGUUGUCUCAGGUGUUUGGUGUUAGUUUGGACACUUACAGUACAGCCUUGACCUUCCUGUUCACACUGACCACUGUAAUUGAAUUGUGUUUUAUCGUGUUGCACUUAAAUUGCUCCCUAUACCACAGUGACCGUACAGUGCUUUAGUUCCACACUAAGUCCCCUGUAAAUACAUGCCUCUCUCUCUCUUGAUGUGUCCAUGUAUGUCACCUUCUCUAACACACAGGUGCCCUGCAACUCUCUUUUGGUGUGUGUUAUUUAAAGACAUGCACACACACACACUAACACACAUACACAUACACACACACACACACACACACACACACACACACACACACACACACACACACACACACACACACAACCAUACACAUAGAGAGACACGCACCUUGGUACAUAGGCUUUUUAUCUCUGUUUACCUUUCAUCUCUCUGCUUUUGUAGCCUUAGUUGUCCAGGAACCCACCUCUUCUGCCCCCUCUCUCUCUCCCUCAAAGACACACACACACACACACACACACACACACACACUUGCUUCCUGUCCCCCCUCCUCCUUUUGUUCUGUCCUGUGCUGUCCUUGGGUGUUUUGUGAGAUUACGUUCUUUUUUAACCCCUAAAACCAUGUUGCCUAGACUGUACAUUUAAGAACCAAAUGUUUUAUUUUUCUUUGUUAACAUAGCUUUAGCUUUUGAGCAAAAAAGUAAAUAAUAGAUCCUAAAAAUGACAAUGAUGAUGAUGACGACAAUGAUGAUAUUGAUGAUAAGAAUGAACUGUGAAGAUCAGGGUGACUGAUGAUAGCUAUACGAUUUCAAAUAAAGCGAGAUCAGAAAAAAAUGUCUGUCCUCAUUGUUUCUCAAAAUAGCUUUGUGUUUUCAAGUGUGUGGAUGUGUAUACUAUUGUAUAUGUGCGAGUAUAUAUAUAAGUGUCUGUGUGUGAUUGCACAGCCACUCAUCUAGUCAAGUGUCCCUGCCC